AAGACAUUUUGAAAUAAAAUCGAAAGACAUUUUGAAAUAAAAUCGAAAGACAUUUUGACAUAAAAUCGACUGAAUAAAAUAGAAGGAUAUUUGGAAACAAAAUCGAGAGAUAUUUCGAAUCAAAGUCGAAAAUUAUUUGAAAUACAAAGGCUUUUAAAGGCCUGUCUAUUUUAGAAAUAUCAAAUAUGUCUGAGAAAAAUGUCGAGCCCCAUGAUGCAUCUGUGAAAGAUUUAACCCAGGGCUUUGCCGACGCAACAUCUCUACACGGACUACCUAGGGUAUAUUCCAGCAAAUCGUUGACGAGAAAGAUUAUUUGGGGGCUAGUUUUCUUUGGUUGUUUCGUAGGAUUCUGUUGGCAGGUAACCGCACUGACACUCAACUACUUCGAAUAUCCAAUCAGUGUCACAACUGAAGUGAAAACACGGUUGAAGGUGGACUUCCCUGCAGUCACAGUUUGCAACAUGAACAUGCUGAAGAAAAGUCUUCUGAUGGGAACACGGUUUGAGAAUCUCACCAAAGUAGACAAGAGACUCUCAGAUAUAUACGGGACUAGUGCAACUUCCAACUCACAAACAACUCCCCCUGCUGAAAUGCCUCAAGAUCCCGAAAAUGAAGAUCCCCUUUCUGGUGCAGACUUUAAUGAAGGAUCCACAACAGAAAUGGACACAGAAGAUGAUGGUACAUCUACUAUUGAAGCUGAAGAUACAACUGAUGGCAUAACGUAUGUUACAACUGAGGAUCCCUAUGAUGAAACAAUAGAUACGACGCAAGAAGACAUAGCCACAGAAUUCAUUACCACUGAAGCGUCUGCAGGUGAUGCAACCACAGAUUAUGAUUACCUAACAACCGAAACCUCACGGAAGAAAAGAUCAGUAGGCAAAAGACGGCCCAAGGAAAAUGAACACAAGCUCCCCGAACAACUACACAAACAAAUGAAGCCAUUGGAUGGAAGCGCACAUAAGCACGCACAUCCAUAUUCCAAUAAUGCUAAAGGUGAAUCAAGGAGAAGGAAACGACAAGCGGAUAGUUAUUAUGAUGACAACUAUGAAGACGAUGGGGAUGAGUAUGAUUCUGAUCCCUAUGAUGAUUAUUAUGACAAUUAUUAUGACAAUGGCGAUGAUUAUUACCCAGAGGAAAGAUUUGAAUUUGAAGACACUGGAUUUUCGGAAAUUGAACCUAAUGAUUACUUCGGCUUCCUGCAGAAUUCUCAGACUCAAGAUCUAAGUGACCUUGUGGGUAUCGUCGUCCCAACAACAGAUGAGAUGGACAGCUAUGGACACACUUUUGAGGACUUUGUUCUUCAGUGCAGCUUUGAUAAGAAAAAUUGUAGUAAUAGCGACUGGAAGAAAUUGUAUAAUAGUCAAUAUGGCAAUUGUUAUACGUGGAAUUUUGGAUAUAAUAACACCAUAAAGUCAACAAGCAGAUUCGGAUCACGAUAUGGAUUGAGACUGACACUGAAUGCCCAGGCGGAUGAAUACAUAGGAUUACUUUCACACACUGUGGGUGCACGGGUGACUGUUCACUCCCAUAACGUCAUGCCUUUUCCCGAAGACCAGGGCGUAAGUGCGUCAGUUGGUAGAAAGACGGGCAUCGGCGUACAGAUGCAAAACAUCAAACGCAAACCCCAUCCUUUCCCUACAAACUGUACAUAUGGGACACAUUUACAAUCAAACUACGAGGGCGACUACUCCGUUUUGUCCUGUAUGAUGUCCUGCCUCCAGAAUAAGAUCAAAACUAAUUGUAAAUGCGUUGACAAGAUCGUACACAAUCAAACAGCAUGUGACAUCACAAACACAACUCAGGAGAAAUGUAGACAAAGGAUGUACCAUUUGUUUGAUGAGGCAAAACUGGGGUGCGAUUGCCCACAAGCGUGUGAAGAGUUAGUGUACGGUACAACAAUCUCAGGGUCAGAGUGGCCAAGUAAUCAAUACAGUCCAUAUCUACUGCAGAAACUGGAAGGCGGAUCACCAGUCAGUGAUAUCAAACAAAACCUAGUCCGAGUACAUGUGUACUUUGAGACCCUCGCCGUCCACACCAUCGAGGAAGUCCCUAGUUAUACUUGGGACAACUUGCUAGCCGACAUUGGUGGAACGAUGGGAAUGUUCAUAGGUAUAUCUAUAUGUACUGCCUUUGAGAUCGUCGAACUCUUAAUGGAGAUUGGGAAACUUGUUGUCGGUAAAAUGACCAACAAAAAUAAAGUGACAUCAUUAAAAUGACCAACAAAAAUAAAGUGAUUUCAUUAAAAUGACCAACAAAAAUAAAGUGAUAUCAUUAAAAUGACGAACAAGAAUAAAGUGAUUUCAUUAAAAUGACCAACAAAAAUAAAGUGAUAUCAUUAAAAUGACGAACAAGAAUAAAGUGAUAUCAUUAAAAUGGCGGACAAGAAUAAAGUGAUUUCAUUAAAAUGACCAACAAAAAUAAAGUGAUAUCAUUAAAAUGACGA